CCGCAUCAUCUUGCACAAGCCACAGCUGCAGAUAAGCAAGUGCAGGGCACGCUCUCUGAACUUUUAGCUGAGUAGAGCUAGUUAUCUAUCCAUGGCCGCCUCUGCCGCAUCUUGCAUUUCGCUGCUGGUGCUCGUGGUGGCACUGGCCGCGGUGGCGUCGGCGCAGCUGUCGCCGACGUUCUACGACACGUCGUGCCCGAGGGCGGCGGCCACCAUCAAGGCCGCCGUCGUGGCCGCCGUGAGGGCCGAGCCCCGCAUGGGCGCGUCCCUGGUCCGCCUCCACUUCCACGACUGCUUCGUCCAGGGGUGUGACGCGUCGAUUCUGCUGGCGGGCCAGGAGCAGGACGCGCCCCCAAACAAGGGUUCAGUUCGAGGCUACGGCGUCAUCGAAAACAUCAAGACCCAGGUCGAGGCCAUCUGCAAGCAGACCGUCUCCUGCGCCGACAUCGUUACCCUCGCCGCACGGGACUCCGUCGUCGCGUUGGGAGGGCCGUCAUGGACAGUUCCACUAGGCAGAAGGGACUCCCUGGACGCAAACGUGGCGCAGGCGAACAGCGACCUCCCAGGCCCGACAUCGAGCCUCAACGACCUGGUGACCGGGUUCAUGAAGAAGAACAGCCUCAGCCUAGUCGACAUGGUGGCGCUCUCCGGCGCGCACACGCUGGGGCAGGCCCAGUGCCAGAACUUCAGGGCCCGGAUCUACGGCGGCGACGCCAACAUCAACGCGGCCUACGCCACGUCGCUCAAGGCCAACUGCCCGCAGACAGGCGGCGGGGACAACAACCUGGCGCCGCUGGACCCGACCACCCCCAACGGCUUCGACAACGCCUACUACGCCAACCUCAUGAGCCAGAGGGGCCUCCUGCACUCGGACCAGGUGCUGUUCAACAAUGGCACGGCGGACAACACGGUCCGGAACUUCGCGUCCAGCGCGGCGGCGUUCGGCAGCGCCUUCGCUUCGGCCAUGAUCAAGAUGGGGAACAUCGAGCCCAAGACCGGCACGCAGGGCCAGAUCAGGCUCGUCUGCUCCAAGGUCAACUCUUAGGACGUCGAUCGUUCGUUGACAUGCAGGUGAAGGAAUAAGGCUUAUAGCACGUGGCCAGUAUAGAUAUACUCGAUACACCAGCAUGCACUAGCUAUAGUGUGUACACACGAUCGAAUUCUCAUGCAAAGGCAUGGAGGAUUCUUAAUUAUUCUCUUUGUGUGAUUUGUCUCAAGUCAAUCAUGCAAUAAGUCUACAAUGAGUCUACACA